CGCGCAGAUAUCACGCUCACCGUCACCAACGACCUCCGCGACCUUUUCUUCCCCGGUUUCAGUGGUUUCACACUGAAUUGAGCAAGUUGCUAACGAAAUGCAAGCUUUGCGGUUAUGUUCUCGUGUCUCUCGUCCCAAACGAAUAUUCCGACUCUCCGCACGAGCACUGUCAUCCAUUCCGCCGUCCGACCCACCACCCACAGUCAUUCCAUGGUUCAUCGACCCUUCAGAACAAACUGAAUCAGCCUCUCAUACACCUUAUGUGUCAACUUCACUAGCUCGCCCCCCUGCCUUGACACCACAUCCGCCUCUACCCGUAGACCUAUCGUCCUCGAGCGUUCUCGCUCAAUUAUACGAGCUACUUAAGACUUCGCCACAUUUAGAACCAGGAACGCUUCUCGUAAGAGAGCCUAUACCUUCGUCGGUCGGCCCACCGUUACCCCCUGCUAUGCCAAAGGGGCGGAGACAACGAGGCAGGACGUACUUUGGUGAAGGUAUUGAAGGCUUUGAAGGUGGUGGGUUAUGGAGUUGGAUCAUGCUCGCUCAGGUAAAAGAGGGAACGGAGAAACGCGGAGCUAUCGAGUCCGUAGUUCGACUCGUACGGAAAACGCUUCUGUCCGCCAAUCCGCCUCUUACAGUCCCACAUAGUUCGAAGCGUAAAUUCAGUGAUGGCUGGGCCAUGCUGGAUGCUGGCGAAUUUGCGGUGCAUAUCGUCAGCAGGGAAGCGAGGGAGACUUUUUUCCCCGAGAAACGAGAUUGGUGACGAGAGGACAGUCCAGGGCCGUCCUUACUCAGACCAAUGACUCGGACUUGAAUUAUGCGUUCUCAUCUUGAGUAUGUGAGUUCCUCGUCUUUAACGAUUCAAUCCCUCAAGGACAGCUUUCCAUUUCGGUUUUGGAUAUAUAUUGUUCUUGGGCUUGAGACCUAACUAUAAACUCGUACAACCUAGAAGGCUAUUGAUCUGAACACCCCCUCAAUACGUCCAGAGUAGAUAUCACACUACGUAAGGUGAACGAUACAAAGAUAAUUUCUUACCC